ACAGUUCAAAUAGACAAAGGGAAACGUUAUAGUAUUAACUGUUUAUUGAAUUUUAACAAGAUGGGCAGUAUUUAAAAAAAAUUCCUUGUUGAAAAUCAGUUGCAAAGUCCACAAUGAAUGUUUUGAAGCAUUUUGGAAGCGUCGAGUCAUUGCCAGAAUUCCUGAAGUCCAGAAGACUAAUCAGCAUUAACAACAAUGAAGUUCUCGAUCAUUUCCAGGCUACGCUUGUUAGUUUCAAGGAACCUCUGAACCUGUCCCAGAAACGGGGCAGCAAAGAGCUGUGUUGGUCACGGAUUUGUGCUGUUUUGAAAACGCUGGUGCCACCAGAGCUGAUGCACAUGAGCAUGUGGGAACGCCUCUGCUGGGAAGUGGUGGACGUCUCAGUGAUGUACUUGCUAGUGACCCUGGCGUGUGUGUACAUCCCUGCGGGGAGUGGCUCCUACGUGGCGAUCAACAUCGAGGUUGCAAACGCCAUGCUGAAGGCAGCCAGGUGUAGGAGCAGUUCCACGGCGCAACUCAAUACGACCACAGAGUGCCUUUACGAGCUCAUCUCUAGUUCCGAGAGAAGUCAAGAGAGCGGGGAAUCCUCAGCACCCACUUCUCAGGUCACAUCUGUCCUGAACACGGCCUGUUCUGUUACUUCCGACGUGUCGUGUGUGUCUGUCACUGCCCAAGCAGAUUCAUCUCCAGCCAGUGAGGAGCGUGCACCAGGUAGCAGCUUGAACCCAACCUCUAACAAUCCCACAAGAGCAAGGCAUAAAAGGAAAAAGAAAAAAUCUGAGAAGAAAACAAAAAGGCAGCAACAGUUAAAGUCUACUAAGAAAACGAGACGAAGCAAACGCAAGAAGCCUUUGCAGACUGUGCAAGUGAUAGACGAUAGGAAAGCCUAUGAUAGUUCCCUGCAGAUUUCAACGUACACUAUGUACUACAACCUGGCGCUCAACGAGAAGUGGCCGCACAGCCACGUCCUCUGCACGGCAGACGACGCGGAGAAGGUCCUGGCGAGCGUGCUGGCCACGAGCGUGGGCGUGCAGCUGGGGUCGUUGCCGCAGAGGGAACACCUGCAGAAGCUGUCCCGCCUGCUGCAGACGCUCAUGGCACGGCACAGACGCCUGUCCCACGAGCAGCUAUUCAAGCACCACGCCCGAACGAGGCACAUUCCGGGGAGCCGGCCCUUUUCCAGCAGCGAGGUGUACCUGUUCACGAGCGAUGUGGUGCGAAGGGUGGUGCCCCUGGACGUGUUCGGCUCCGGGAGGAACCGCAGGGUGUUCCUGGCGGCAGUGAGGAGGCUCACGCUCCUGGGGCUCCACCACACCAUGACCCUGGGCAUGCUGAUGUGUGGGAUGCGCACCUCCAGAGUCAAAUGGCUCAACACCACAGUUGGACAUGCCAUGUGCCAGCACAUCCUUGCCAAGGUGAUGCUGUGGUUGUUUGACUACGUGAUCCUGCUCCUCAAGUGUUUCUUCUACGUGACGGAGCCCUCGUCGGGCUACUGCAUGCCGGCGUUCUACUGGAAGAGGCACUGGCGCGACUUGCAGCGGGCGGCGCUGGCUGACGGGAAGUUCCAGGAGGUGUCGGAAGCCAAGGCCAACAUCAUCGCUGCCGGUGGGAACCCACUCGGGAGCUCGUUCGGCAUCGGGAGGAUCAGGUUCAUCCCGAAGGAGAAGCUCUUGAGACCCAUACAGACCCUCAGGGAUGUGAGCCCCGGCACGAAGAGCGCAGCGGCGAAGGCCAGGUUGCUCCUGCGCCAGGUGAACCAGCAGCGGGGCUUCGGCCCGUCCGCCUCGCUGCACGGCCGCCUGCACGCCGCGUGGCGGGAGCUGAGGGUCGCCUCCUCCGGGCCGGGGCUGCACCUCGUGAGGACCGACAUCCGGGACGCCUACGGCGCCAUCGACCACCGCAAGCUGGUGGGCAUCCUGCUGCAGCUGAGGAGGGACUUGCUGGAGCGGGGUGAGUCCCGUGGAGAACCUAUGCUGCUCUUCAGAACGUACAAAGCUGUGAAACUCCUUCCUGGCAGGAAUAACCUUCAAGUGAAGCAACAUUACCUGUUCGAGGGUCUUCCUGGAGUGUUUCCUGCCAACUGCCUUUUGAUAUAUUCUGAGAGAAAGUCCGUGCCUGGCCCAGAGCUGUUCUCCGUGCUGCUGGCCUACGUGGAGCGCCAGGUGGUGAAGUCGUGCCGCCGGUGGUACUGGGUGACACAGGGGCUGCCCCACGGGGGCACCCUCUCCCCGGCCCUCUGCGACCUCUACUACGGCACCUUGGAGUCUCGCCACCUGCGCGGGAUGUGCGGGCCCAACGACCGGCUGCUGCGUGCCGUCGACGACUACUUGUUCGUGACCGACAGCCGAGCCAGGGCGCAGCAGUUCGCGAGCCUCAUGAUGGCUGGGUUCCCGACGUACAACUGCCGCGCGAACGUCCAGAAGACGCAGGCGAGCGUGGCGUUGGAGGGUGUCCCGGCCAGCAGCACACUGAACUUCUGCGGGAUGGAGAUAGUGGCGGGGAGCCUCGAGGUGCGGGGCAGCUACGACAGGAUGCGGGGGCGGGACGUGGCGUACUGCCUGCAGCUCGGCUGCAAGAGUCACCCCGGCAGCUUCCUGGAGAACUCACUGCGCCUGGUGUUGUCUCUGAAGUUGGACCGAGUGUUCCUGGAUGAGGUGUACAACAGCCCCACCACUGUCCUGCAGACAGUCUACAAGGCGGCCCUGAUGAGUGCGUUCAGGCUGCACGCCAUCGUUCGGUGCAAGUUCUUGAAGGCAGGGACGGCCAACAGAAGGUUCUUCACGCGCAUAGUCGCUUGUACGGCAGCCAAGUUGGCUCGACUUGUGGCCAGGAACUCGAGUCCACCGCUUUCGGGACGUUCGACCUUAUCAUUCCAUGUAGUCCGGUGGUUGACGUUUCGUGCCUACCACGUGAAGCUGUCUCGACAUGGUGGAAGGUACAAGGGGGUUGUGCACGAUGUGAGAUACUUGCUGCGUCGAACGGCGAGGGAGCUUGAUGAAAGCAUGCUGCAGAGACUUCGAGAAGUCACCCAGGACAAGCUUCCAGAUCCUUUUCACACAAUGAAGUAGUUCCUUUAAAUCUCAACUGACCAGUAUUCUUAAGCAAAGUUUUAUAAUGGUUGUGAUCUGCUUUAAAAGCUGAUUAAGACUGAAACUAGAUCUCUUAUCUUCCUACUUACAAAUGUUUUAUUUCAUUUUUAUGUACAAAAUAAUAGUUAAGCUAAAAAUUAAGUAUUAUAAAAAAAUAUUUAUUAAUGGUAUAUUAUGUGUAGCAUUUGUACUAGCAGUUUAUUUAGCUAUUUAAUGAAAACAAUUCUUAAGUUAAAUACUUUCAUGGAAAUUGUCCCAGUAACCAUAUAUAAGUUACACCAAUAAUGUGAUAUACAGCAUAAAAAAAUUCUAGAUGUAAAUAAUUUAAUAUGAAUAAUCACAGAUGGUUACGAAAAGAAUGCAAUGUUCUGUUAUCUAAAAAUGUAGAUAGUUUGUACAAUGAAUUCUUCCAAAUUAUAUAUAUAUUUUACGAAAAUCUUCAGAUGUUCAGUACGCUUGAAGGAUGGGUGGACAUGUACAGACAAGGUGCUUGUCUCUGUACAUGCCAUCAGUUCUUCCUAUGUUAGGCCACACUUUGCUCUCUGGAUGUACAAUUAGUUGAAACAGAUUGUACCUUUAGAAUUUAGAACUGUUAUAUUACCUUAACCAUCUUUUCUAUACUUGUACAAAUUGUUUAUGCAGUGUUAUGAAUUAUUUUGAGGAAAUGUUCAUGUGAGUGCCCGACUGUUUGCUGGUAACUGUCUUCCUCAAGCUGCAAGUUGGCUGCUUUUGGGUUGUAACUAGUGAACCUAGAUGUUAGUAGACGUAAGUAAAUAUGGAAUAAAAAGUUUAGUAUAUAGCCUGACCCACAAUUGCAAGUGGAAUAAAUACAUUGUAUGUUAAUGUCAAUAAGUAAUUUAUAAUGAACACAUUUUAAUCUGGUCUAAUAUUGUAAAAAAAAAAAAUGCACAUCUCCAAUGGAUCAUUAGGGUUGUCAAUUGAACUAAAAUUGAAAAAUUUAAAUAGAGAAAAAAUGGUUAAAAUUGUCAGCAAAUAUUAUUCAGAAAAGAAUGGUGAAAACUAACUAUGAAAUUUUAGUAAAACAGGGGUCUCCCCUGCAUAUGGGUUGCACCCUUAAUUUUGGACCAAAAAAUCUAACAUUUUCACAGUAAGGGUCACCCUGGAAUAAGGGUCGUGCCAUAUAUGUGUCUGACUUUGUGUUCCGUGUCUAAGCUUAUUGGCGCGUAAGAAAUACAGCACUGGUGUUGACCCACAGUUAUUCUUUGUCUGUUUACUACAGGAGGGUGUGAGGCGGCCCACUUCUCUCCGCCUCCUUUCCAAAUCAUAUUUACUACCCCUCCGAUUCCUACACUACCUAAAAGACAAAGGAGAAGACUGCUAUUUUUAUACCCUGUUUCCCUUCUGUCAUAUUUUAUUUUUUUUACCCAUCCCUUUGCUGUGGAGAGAGAAGAAGCGGCAAGGUACUCUUUGUCAGUUCCUUCUGUAAAACCUAGCACUUACAUUACCAUAAGGCGAGAGGAAUAUUAAAGGUGCAAUUAUAAACACUAAUGAUGGCUGCAGUUUUUCUACUGAUGGGAAAUCUCAUGCAAAAACAAUAAUAACUAGGCAAAGUUGUGUCAUAAACACUUGUCAAGAUAGACGUUAAUUGUGUGGGUGCCAGUUCGCAGAACAUUUACAACGCUGAGUGGGAGGGACUGCCACAUGGCCUCGUGUGCACUCACACACUCAUGCUCUUCCUAGCUGGUUUAAUUUUAUAUUUUUCUCUCUCAUUGUACUCGCAGUGCAGCAGAUGCGUCACUUACUGGCAUCGCAGACACGGCAUACUUACAAUAACUGCGCUGUUCACGGAGCUUCACAUGACUGCUGUGUGAUCCAUACACGGUUAAAUACAGUAUUUUAAAGCAUAAGUGGCACUGUUUUUAUGUUGCAACCUUUUUCGGAUCAAUGUUUGUAACAUAAUGUAAUUUCACCAGACUGAAAAUGAAAUGUAAACAUUAUUACACAUGUGAGAUCAAUCACUUAUAGAUUAUUCCCAGGGUAUUGGUAUCUUAUUAUGGUAAUGGUUGUGUUGGAGGUCGCCUUAAGUCAUCCCAAAAUUUAUUGUUUCAUUGUUAUGUGCUUUUUUUUAAAAAAAGAAGAAAGUGCAAUUAAUAUACCGUAGUAAUUUCAUAUUACCAAACUGAACAUAUUUUGUAACAACUCCAGAAUUCCUGCCCUCUACUACCAAUAACACUUAGACUAAGAAUGUUUUUUUUUUGUUUUUUUAAAGUUUCAUAAUUAUUUUGUACUUAUGUUUUAUUACACAUAGGUAGAGUCCCGUAAAAAUGGUUUUAUUUUUCCUUAAAUUUCGUUUUGAAAAAAUCAAAUUUUGGUUUUAUUUCGCUGUUUUGGUUUUUCAUGUUUACUUUAACUUUUGAGAAUGGUUUUAUGACCUACAAGUUUUGCUUGGCUAAAUAAUAGUGGCACGGAGUAUACUCGCUCACUCGUAUACUGCACUCUAAAGUCAACACUAUUGGCAAAUAAAAAUUGUAGGCUUGAAACAGCUCGGCACGGCCCGGUGCCGCCUAGCGCGCUGCCUCGGCACGGCCCGGUGUCGCCUAGCGCGCUGCCUCGGCACGGCCCGGUGUCGCCUAGCGCGCUGCCUCGGCACGGCAUGUCUCAACUUAGUAUUCUUUUAAUAUUUCUUGCUGCUGUUCUUUGUCCCGUUGACGCCGUAUUCACUUGCUCUGCGGUCGUAUUGCAUUUGCUGAGAAGUGUAGUUACGGCAGUUAAAGGUCACUGAUUUUGCUUAUCAAUCGGCGUAGUGCCAUGUGUUCAUGUUUACGAGUAGUAGAGGUGUAAAAGUAACGAAAAAAAGUGUACCCGUAUGUAUUCGUUACUAUAACAAUUAGUACUCGUUACUAUCGUGUCGCUACGUUACUCGUUACUUCUGAUACCGCAUAACAUGCAAUGUUAUGUUGCAGCAACGAAUCGAGUCGUAUUGCGUACGCGUACAGUAUGACGUCACGUAAAUAAUAAUAAAUAGAAUAUAAACAAUUAACAAUAUUUGAUAAUUAACAGUUUUUGUUAACCAAGAAACAAUUAAAUCUCAUUAGAGCGGUUUUAUUAUAUUAUCUCUUUUAAGAUAAAAACAACAAAAAACUUGAAAAUACGCGAUAAUAAAUAACAAAAACCAUACAUAUUUCUAAUUUGUAAAAAAUACUUUCUUAUAAACAGUAAAAAACUUGGACGACAAAUUUCCAUAUUAUACUUAAUAAACAAACAUCGUUCUUUGUAACGUAAAUUCAUCGAAUAUGCGCGCGCAUGCGUAAAACAUACGAAAAAUGCGAGUAACGAAAUCCAGCCGUGUAUAACGUUUCGUUACUCGAUACUAGAUGGCGCACCCGUUACUCAGUCAGUACCGAAUACACAUACGGUUUGCUACACCUACAGCUCUAACGAGUAGGUUGCCAAGCCAGUCAAACGUAGUUGAAAGCAUGAGGUUGUUAACUGUUCAACAUGAAACGAAGAAUUAAAAUUUUAUAUUUCUCUACAAGAUUAAUGUGUAAAUACAGCGGGUUGAAAAUCAUGGCAGCUAUAUUGUGUUGAAAACAUCGCCGGUAUUUUUUAUUAACUUUGUGUUGAUGCUCAGGUACAUUUUUCUCUUUUUAAUUAGUUUAUGAUUGCAAUUACUGCUUUCGUUUCAAAUUGUAAUGAUUACGUGACAGGAAUACUGUAAAUCAUUAUUUACUUUCAUUACUACAAAGCGGCCAUGUUGAAACUUAGAAAAAUGGCGAUGUGCCGUCAACGUCGUGUUUACUUGUUUUUCGCGAUGUCUUGCAUGGGUGGUCUAAUUCAUUAUUAUCAGUUUUAUUUCUCGAUGCUGUGCGAUUUCGGUGUUUUGUCGCGAAUUAAGGUAAAUUGCGGUGUUAUUUCGCGAUAUCGCGAUUCGCGAAAUUUCCGUGUCUCUACACAUAGGCAUUUCAAGUAUUUUCUUAUGCUUUAACAGUGAAUUGAUAAUUAAUAAUUUGGGUUAGGUUCUAUGUAAAGCUGAAUGUAGUAUGUUUUAUUAUUAUUUGUUUCAUUGUAAUUUACUCAAUCACUUAAAAUUAACAGUGUAUUAAUAACGUUUUGACAAAAUUUUAAGGCAUAUUCUGGGUAGUAAGACUGUAACAUUAGAGAACAUUUUAGAAGGUUUUAAAAGAAAGGAAGACGUGUGACAUUGUGUUGCCAGCGAGUUAUUUUUCACGCCUAUAAUUAGUGCGUUGUUGGAAAAACCCCAACACGUGGACGCAUGACUGCGCAGCAAUAGACUGGAACUUUCACUGGGCGCGGUCUUGCCAGCCAAUCAGAGCGAGCCUUGAGGUGGUGUGUGGUGUCUUCCCAGACUUAUGGAGAGAAAAAUAUUUUCAGUAUAUUUUCCUAUAUGGCCAGGUACUGGAUUCUGUGUUAUGAUUGGUCAGUUGGCCAACCAGGAUAAAUUGUCAGAUCCUUUUCACAUAAUCAAGUAGUUCUAUUACAUCUUAAUUGGACUAGUAUUCAGAAGCAAAGAUUUAUUAUAGUUAUUU